AUGUCUUCGGUUCUGGCAAGGCAGUUCCUAAAGGGAAAUAGAAACAUCUCAAGUGUUCAUCAGAAGUUUAUACUAGAUUGUGCUAAAGCAAAUAUUGGAGCAUCAAAAUCACACGGUUUAUACAGUCAGAUUGUGGGGGAUUACUCUGAAGUUGGAGCAACUGUAGUCGACUUUAAAAAUGUCAGAAGGGAUCUCAGAGCACACAUAUUGGGUGCUGAUGCACAAAUACUCGUGCAUAAUCUUAUUAAAAAACAAGAGAUGUGCCCUGCAUUUGCUUUUGACUAUGAAGUUGAUGAAGAUGAGCAGAUGAGUAGAUUGUUUUGGGCAGAUCCAAUGUCAAAAAAGAAUUUUGGUGCAUUUGGAGAUGUUGUCUCUUUUGAUGCCACAUAUUCAACCAACAGGUACGAUCUGAUUUUUACACCCUUCACCGGAGUUGAUAACCAUAAAAAAUGUAUAACAUUUGGCACUGGACUAUUGUUGAAAGAAGACAUUGAGUCUUAUGUGGGUCCUACGUUGAACAAGAAUGAGGAAUUCAAGAACAAACUGAACUCAAUCGUUUGGAUGUCAUCUUUGGAACCUCCUGAUUUUGAGAAACAGUGGAGAGAGCUCAUGGAAAAGACAACGUCUCAUUCAGAAAGUGAGAACUACAUGUACAGCCGUUUUACUGGCCCACAGUCUAGCCUAGUUGAAUUUAUGAUGAACUUUGACAGUGCUCUUAAAUCACAACGUAACACAAACACAAAGCUCAACAGUGACAAUGAAGGCUACAAUCCAGAUAUGAAGACGCCUAUGGUGAUCGAAGAACACGCUUCAAUCGUCUACACAAUUACUGUUUUCUAUCAAGUUCAGGAAGAAAUAUGUGCCUCCUGUUUCAAAUGUAUGGUGUUGAGUGUUAAAGAAGAUGGUGGAAUGUUACUCGAUGAUGUUAUGGAUGGAAAGAACAAAAUAUUUAUUGUGGUGCACAAUGUAAAUGACCAUGAGGCCAAAUGCAGUUGCAAGAUGUUUGAGAUGGUUGGACUGUUGUGUAGACACAUAUUUGUGGUAUUUAGAGACCUUGAAAAGAUCCCUCUGAAGUAUGUGGUUAAUCGGUGGACUAAGGAUGCAUCUUUAAAGGCUACAUUUGAAAUAGAUGGUGUCCUUUAUGAUCAGAAUAGACCAAAGGAUGAAAAGAAGAUGUUGUUGAACAAACUGUGGUCUGAUGUACACUGUUGUAUUGAUCUAGCAGAGAUUUCAGAGAUCAAUAUACUUCCACUGAAACAUGCAAAGAACAAGGGCAGCGGCAAACGUAUCAAAAGCAACAAGGAGUUGGCAAUGGAAAAAGAAAAGGGCAGGAGAGAUUUCAGAGAUCAAUAUACUUCCACCGAAACAUGCAAAGAACAAGGGCAGCGGAAAACGUAUCAAAAGCAACAAGGAGUUGGCAAUGGAAAAAAGAAAAGGGCAGGAGGUGCAAUUUUUGUGAUGUUAGAGGAGAUCAACAUGACACUAGGACUUGCCCACUUAACCCCAAAAAUAAGGACAAACAAAAGGCAUCCGACACGCUGCCAGCCUGCCACAAUGCUCAACUCUCAGCCUUGGAUGAUGUUUGGUUGCGGGAUGAUGAGCUUGCAGCUUAGAAUGACGAAUGAUGUUUCAGGUUUAGAAUGUGUUGUUUUUGUAGUUAGUUACAAUCACUACAAGCUGGAGGGCGAGGAAGACGAAAACUACGUAGAAUAUGAGGAAUAA